UCUACAGAAGGCUUUGAAAAUGUCGGUUGCAGGUCGGAGCGAUUCUCCGUGUUUUUAUCUUAAACAGCGACUUCGGGACGAUUCUUCUGAAAUCCGGACACCGUGAUCCGCAAUCCCGGGACAGUCCUGUCCUCUUCCCUCUCUCUCAGCCCCACGAUCCGUACACGGGCGCAGGGGAGCUUCCGGCUACUGAAUGAAUGGGAACCGAGGGAUCACUCAGACAGAGCUGUGCUCCAGCUAUCUAAACGCAAGGAUUAGGAACUCGGAGAAAGGGAACAAAAUCUUUUACAUCAGCAGUUAGUACUCUUUUCCAUAGAUGCUGCGUGGCCUGCUGAGCUCCUCCAGUAUUUUGUGUGUAUUGCUUCCUCUACCUCCUCUUGCUCUGGACUUUUCUACAGGUUAAAAAUGAGAAGGAAUUCGUCUCCAGGAAGCUCAAACACGGCACAACAGUUUUGUUGUCUCUGUCUAGAUAUUUAAUAAGUGGAGCAAGGGAUUCAAUUGACCAUCCUUCCUACUCACACUGUGGGGAGGGAUUCACUUGGUCAUCUGACCAACUCACAAGCCCGUCACUUUACACAGGAGAAAGGCCUUUCACCUGCACAGACAGUGGGAAUGGAUUCACUCGGUUAUCACAAUUGAAGGUACAUCAGCAAGUUCACACUGGGCAAGGCCAUUCACCUGUUCUGUGUGUGAGAAGGGGUUCAGUCGGUCAUCCCACCUGUGGCACACUAGUCAGUUCACACUGGGCAGAGGCUGGUCAUCUGCUGAAUUUCUGGGAAAGGAUUCACUCAGUCAUCUGACCCAAUGGCUCACCAGCGAGUUCACACUGGGGAGAAGCCAUUCACCUGCUCAGACUGUGGGAAAGGAUUUACACAGUCAUCUACCCUACUGGUACACCAGCGAGUUCACACUGGGGAGAAGCCAUUUACCUGCUCAGACUGUGGGAAGAGAUUCACUAAUUUAUCCAACCUACAGAGACAUCAGCGAGUUCACACUGGGGAGAAGCCGUUCACCUACUCAGAAUGUGGGAAGAGAUACGCUGACUCUUCCACCCUACAGAGUCAUCAGCGAGUUCACAGUGGAGAGAGGCCAUUCACUUGCUCAGAAUGUGGGAAGAGAUUCACUAAUUUAUCCAUCCUGCAGAGACACCAGCGAGUUCACACUGGGGAGAAGCCGUUCACCUGCUCAGAAUGUGGGAAGAGAUUCAAUCAGUUAUCCCACCUACAGAGUCAUCAGCGAGUUCACAUUGGAGAGAGGCCGUUCACCUGCUCAGUCUGUAGGAAGAGAUUCACUCAUUUAUCCAGCCUACAGAGACAUCAGCGAGUUCACAGUGGAGAGAGGCCGUUCACCUGCUCAGUCUGUGGGAAGAGGUUCACUAAUUUAUCCAGCCUACAGAGACAUCAGCGAGUUCACAGUGGAGAGAGGCCAUUCACCUGCUCAGUCUGUGGGAAGAGAUUCACUAAUUUAUCCAGCCUACAGAGACAUCAGCGAGUUCACAGUGGAGAGAGGCCGUUCACCUGCUCAGAAUGUGGGAAGGGAUUCACUCAGUCAUCCCACCUACGGAGUCACCAGCAAGUUCACACCGGGGAGAAGCCGUUCACCUGCUCAGUCUGUGGGAAGGGAUUCACUCAGUUAGCUAACCUACAGAAUCACCUGCGAGUUCACACUGGGGAGAGGCCAUUCACUUGCUCAGUCUGUGGGAAGGAAUUCACUCAUUUGUCCAACCUGCAGAGACAUCAGCGAGUUCACACUGGGGAGAGGCCGUUCACCUGCUCAGUCUGUAGGAAGAGAUUCACUCAUUUAUCCAGCCUACAGAGACAUCAGCGAGUUCACAGUGGGGAGAGGCCGUUCACCUGCUCAGUCUGUAGGAAGAGAUUCACUCAUUUAUCCAGCCUACAGAGACAUCAGCGAGUUCACAGUGGAGAGAGGCCGUUCACCUGCUCAGAAUGUGGGAAGGGAUUCACUCAGUCAUCCCACCUACGGAGUCACCAGCAAGUUCACACCGGGGAGAAGCCGUUCGCCUGCUCAGUCUGUGGGAAGGGAUUCACUCAGUUAGCUAACCUACAGAAUCACCUGCGAGUUCACACUGGGGAGAGGCCAUUCACUUGCUCAGUCUGUGGGAAGGAAUUCACUCAUUUAUCCAACCUACAGAGACAUCAGCGAGUUCACACUGGGGAGAGGCCGUUCACCUGCUCAGUCUGUGGGAAAGGAUUCACUCUGUCAUCUACCCUACUGGUACAUCAGCGAGUUCACACUGGGGAGAGGCCGUUCACCUGCUCAGUCUGUGGGAAGGGGUUCACUCACUCUUACAACCUACAGAGACACCAGCGAGUUCACACUGGGGAGAGGCCAUUCACCUGCUCAGAAUGUGGGAGGAGAUUUGCUGACUCUUCCACCCUGCAGAGUCAUCAGCGAGUUCACAGUGGAGAGAGGCUGUUCACCUGCUCAGAAUGUGGGAAAGGAUUCACUCUGUCAUCUACCCUACUGGUACAUCAGCGAGUUCACACUGGGGAGAGGCCGUUCACCUGCUCAGUCUGUGGGAAGAGAUUCACUCAUUUAUCCAGCCUACAGAGACAUCAGCGAGUUCACACUGGGGAGAAGCCAUUCACCUGCUCAGUCUGUGGGGAGAGAUUCACUCAGUCAUUCACCUUACAGAGACAUCAGCGAGUUCACACUAGAGAGAGGCCGUUCACCUGCUGAGAAUGUGGGAAAGGAUUCACACAGUCAUCCCACCUAAUGGCACACCUCUCAGCUCACAAUGGGGAGUGGCCAUUGUUAUGCAUCCCUAGGUUUUGUUUGCUGUGGACUUUCAUUUUAAGAGAGAGGGAGAGAUUAAAAAGACAAAUCAGUCCAAUUUGCAGCUUGUUUACAUCGUGUGCAGCUUGUUUAGUUUUAACCAAGGACACAGACACUCAGAGACAGACAGAGACAAAGGAGGAAAAAUGGAAGGGUCGAAACCAGGGAACUAGUGGCCAAGGGUCACUGUUUGGAACUUUCCUUUGCCCACAAGGGUGGAUUCACCUUACAUCGAAUGUGUGGUUGUCACCUCAUUUGAUCCAUAGGAGUGGAUCUGAUUUGGGAUAUCCUGUGGAGACCACUUAUGUGUUACCCCUUGCCUGGCUGUGGUGUGGUAGUUCACUUGAAGAUGAUACCCCUUAUGACAAGUCACUUCGGAUGAUAAUUAGUAAGUGGAUUUGGAAGGAUGACAGAUAAAAUCUACGGUGACUGUUGGUCUCGUUUUACCACCAUGAAACCUGUGGAAUACAACAUAAUUGCCUUCUCUCAACAUUUACCCUGGAUUACAAAUAUCUCUCUCUCAUCACCUAUUCUGUAGUUGAACUGAACUUUCAUACUUUACCAUCUCAAAACUCCAAGCCUUGUUUCCCCUGAGCUCAAUAGUUUGGGAGAUUUAUUUCUACAGAUUUAUACACAUAACACUCAUGAGGAAAUCUGCAGAUGCUGGAAAUUCAAACAACACACACAAAAUGCUGGUGGAACCCAGCAGGCCAGGCAGUAUCAAUAAGGAGAAGAAAUGUCAACGUUUCAAGCUGAGACCCUUCAUCAGGACUAACUGAAAGGAAAGAUACUAAGAGAUUUGAAAGUAGUGGGGGGAGGGUGAAAUGCAAAAUGAUAGGAGAAGUCUGGAGGUGGUGGGAUGAAGCUAAGAGCUGGAAAGGUGAUUGGCAAAAGUGAUACAGAGCUGGAGAUGGGAAAGGAUAAUUGGACAGGAGGCCUCAGGAGAAAGUAAGGUGCGGGGGAAGCACCAGAGAGACAUGGAAAACAGGCAAACAAUUAAAUAUGUCAGUGAUGGGGUAAGAAGUGGAAGAGGGGCAUUAACAGAAGUUAGAGAAGUCAAUGUUCAUCCCAUCAGGUUGGAGGCUACCCAGCCGGUAUAUAAGGUGUUGUUCCUCCAACCUGAGUUUGGAUUAAUUUUGACAGUAGAGGAGGCCAUGGAUAGACAUAUCAGAAUGGGAAUGGGAUGUGGAAAUAAAAUGUGUGGCCACUGGGAGUAGUCUGUUGCUGCUGGUUCGUUUCUAAAGCGUUAUGGUUUGUAACAAAAUGGGGCCUGCGUCUGGGAUAUGAACAAAUUUAAGGAUUGAUUUAAUAUCGAUUUCAUUGGAUAAAUCCCUUUUGAUUUAUUUGUGUGUGGAAAAUCAGCAGCAAUGGAUGUUGAUAGAUAUCUGGAAGUGUGAACCUCACAGGCAUUAGAGGACACCAGAAGGAUUGAGUUAUUGAGUAUUGCUAAAGUGUUAAUACUUGCUAAGGUGAGAUUGACAAUGAGGAGGGCACAGAUGCAGAGGAUAAUAGCUGAACAUUAUGUAUCUGAGGAUGUGUUUAAAGUGGAGGAGUUGGAGGUGUUUCCUGAAAGUAAACCUAGUGAGCUUGAGCUCCAGUGCAAGUUAGAAAAAUUAAAGAUGGAGGCAGAGGCAAUUUCAGGCUGGAGAGACAGAAAAGCAGUAAGAAAAUUCUCUUACAAAGUGUAAUUAAGGGGAAGGCUUAGCAAGCCUAUUCUGCUUUGACAGUAGCUGAAGCAGCUGAUUAUUUACUUAUUUAUGCUGACCCAGUCAUCGCCACUGGGCUAUAAAUGUGCAGGAGCAGUGUGUGGUUCAGUGCUUUGCUCAAGGACACACACGUUGCCUCGGCUGAGGCUCGAACUCAUAACUUUCAGAUCGCUAGUUCAACACCUUAACCACAUGGUCACACACCACACAUUAUGACCUAGUGAAACAGGCUGUGCUCAAAGCUUAUGAGUUGGUCCCAGAAGCAGACAGGCAAAAGUUUAGAAAUCUGUGAACCAGACAUACAGAAUUUGCUUAUGAGAAAUUUGUGUCUUUUGACCACUGGUGCACAUCUGAACAUGUAAAUGAUGAUUUUAACAGCUUGAAAGAGUUGGUUUUAAUUGAAGAAUUCAGAAGGUGUGUCCCUGAUGACAGAAAGAUGUAUUUAGAUGGAAAUGAUGCUGCCACUAUGCAGGAAUCUGCUGGAUUAGCAGAUCAGUUUGCUUUAACUCAUAAAGUUAUGUUUACCCUGAAUAAGAGUUUCCAAAAGGUACUUGUCAAGAUUUGGGUAAACCUAAUGAGCUCACCCCAGUGGCCUAUACCUGCAUUCGGUGAACCCUUUUUCGAAAGUUAUAGUGGAUUGUGUUGGCCCAUUGCCAAAGACCAAAGCUGGCCAUCAGUAUCUGCUAACUAUUCUGUGUACUGCAUCCAGAUUCCCAGAGGCAAUGCCUCUCAGAAAUAUUAAAGCUAAAACUGUGGCGAGGGCUCUUACCAAGAUUUUCACAUUAUUCGAUUUGUCUAAAGAAAUCCAGUCUGAUCAAGGAUGCAAUUUUACAUCUGGAUUAUUCCAACAGGUAGUUUCUGAACUGGGAGCAAAACAAAUUGCAUCAUCUGCGUACCAUACAGAAUCACAAGGGGCUUUAGAAAGAUUUCAUUCUACCCUCAAAACAAUGAUUAAGACAUACUGUGUUGAAAAUGGAAAAGACUGGAAUGAAGGAAUACAUUUGCUUUUGUCCACAGAAAGAGAGUCAGUACAGGAAUCACUGGGCUUUACUCCAUUUGAAAUUGUAUUUGGUCGCAGAAUGACCUUUGACCUUGUUAAAAGAAACUGUGGAUUGAUGGGGAUGUACAUGUUAACUCGUUAGACUAUGUUUUGAUCUUCAAAAAUAAACUACACAAAACCUGUAGUCCAGUGAGACAAAACUUAAAAAUUUCUCAAAACAAAAUGAAGUGUUGGUUUGAUAACAGGGCUCGAGAAAGAAAAUACCAGGUGGGAGAUAAGGUGCUUGCCUUAUGUUGACGAAUCCACUUCAGGCGAAAUUCAAUAGACCGUAUGAGAUAGUCUCUCAAAUUAAUGAUGUGAAUUAUGUAAUUAAAACACCCGACUGACGUAAACUAACACAGGUGGUACACAUAAAUAUGAUAAAACCUUUUUUGAACAAGUAGGUACCAUCUGUGUGUGUUGUUGUCAAAACAAAUGAAACUGGCAACCCUGAGAAUGAAACAAUUGACUGGUCUGAGACUUUUAUCAAGCCAAACAUGUUCCCAGUUAGGUUAAUGAACUCGGUUGUUCCAGAAAACAUUGCUAAUAGGUUGUCUCAUCUGCAGCCAAAGCAACAACAACAGCUGAAGGAAUUAUUUUUGAAGUUUAAAGAUUUAUUUCCCUUUGUUCCCAAGCAAACCACGGUCGUAGUACAUGAUGUAGAUGUUGGUCAAGCUAAACUGAUUAAACAACACCCAAAUUGCAUGAACGUAGAAAAGUGUAAAUUGGCUGACCAGGGAAUUGAGUAUAUGCUGGAGAAUGGUAUUAUUAGGCCUUCAAAAUGAGAUUGGAGUCACCCUGCAUUAUUGUGCCCAAACCUGAUGGUAGUGUUAGAUUUUGCACUGAUUAUAGAAAGGUAAAUGCAGUAACAAAAACAGAUGCCUAUCCUAUCCCUAGAGUGGAUGAUUGCAUCGAUAAGGCUGGAAAAGCUAAUUUCUUACAACGAUUGAUCUGUUGAAAGGGUAUUGGGGUGUGUUCCAUUGAUGGACAGAGGUAGAGAAAUUUCUGCAUUUGUGACACCAUCUGAGUUGUAUGAAUACAAUGUUUUGCCUUUUGGAAGGAAAAAUGCUCCAGGAGCAUCCCAGAGAAUGAUUGAUUUUGUAAUUCGAGGGUGAGAACACACAGAUACCUAUAUUGAUGACUUAGCUACAGGGAGUGGCACUUGGGAAGAGCAUAUCUCUGCAGUAGAAAAGCUAUUUGACAGGCUUUCCCAGGCCAGCCUUACAGUUUACUUGGCUAAGAGUGAAUAUGGCCAUGCCAGUAUGACCUGUCUUGGCUAUGUUGUAGGUCAAAGCAAGUUGGCUCCUGUUCUGGCAAAACUCCCAGCAAUUUCUCAAGUUCCUAUUCUGACUGCUAAGAAGGCUCUUAGAAGGUUUCUGGGAAUGGAUGGAUAUUAUCGUAAGAACUUUGCUGCUAUCACUCUUCCUCUGACCAAUCUCCUGAAGAAGCGUGAAAAGUUUGUUUGGACCGAGCCCUGUCAGGAUGCAUUUGAUCGAUUGUUAUCAGUAUUUGAGAUUAGGCCAAUCAAUGUAGUGCUGUCAGCAAAUUUAAUUAGCAGAUUGGAGCUGUGGGUGGCAACACAAGUCAUGGGUGCACAGAGAGGAAAAGACAGGGCCAAAGUGACAACCCUGUGGGGUAUGUGUGCUGAGGGUCAGAGAGACAGAGGAGAUGGAGCCCACUCUUACUUCCUGCUGGCGAUCUGACAGGAAGUCCAGGAUCCAGCUACACAAGGCAGGGUGACGGCCAAGGUCUCUGAGCUCCAUGUCGAUUCUUCGCGCCUUUGUCUGACUACUGCUCUGCCCAUGACUGCAAGGAACUUCAGAGAACUUUGGAGAGCAGAGAACAUCAGAGAAACAAGUCUCCACUCCAUGGACUCUUCCUACACUUCCCCUCCCUUGGAAAAGCAGGCCAUGGACUCAAAUAACCUCAUAACCUGGACAUUCUUGCUGCAAACCCACUCCCCCAUCGGGGAAGAGAUACAAAAGCCUUAAAGUGCGUAACACCAAGCUGAAGUAUGCCUUCCUGUCUACAGCUAUAGGCCAAAUGAGUGAUAAAAUGGACUCGACCUCACAAUGUAACUCGACGUGACCCUGCACCAUAUGUCUACCUGCACUGCACUUUCUCUGCAGCCACAAUGCUUUCUUACAGUGAUUAUUUUGUUGUAUAUCAGCUCAAUGUACUGUUGUAAUGUAUCCAUCUGCGUGGAUGGUACAUCAGGCAAGAUUUUCACUGUAGCUCAGUACAUGAUGAUAAUAAACAAAUUUCCCAUUUUAAUUGUGUGGAAAUAUUAGACAGACUGAGCUUCUGCUCUGGAAGCUCAGAAGGAAAGUGAACUGUUGUCAUUUCUGUGGAAAGCAAAUAUAUGGAAAAUGCUUCAAUCUCACAUUGCGAUCAGCGGUAACUGGGAUCAGGUGACCGGUGGUGGGUCUCCCAUAUCAAUAUCAGAAUCAGGUUUAAUAGCACCGGCAUGUGUCAUGAAAUUCGUUGUCCCUGCGGCAGCAGUAGAACCUGAUUCAGAACAAUAGAUUUUAACAAUUGUGAUUUAAAAUAUGAAUAUACAUAUAUAUAUAGUACAAAAAUGGAAAAAAAUGUAAUAAGCUAUUUUAAUUGUGUGGAGCAAUUUGACUGACUAGGUGUUGCUUUGGAAAUUCUGAAGUGAAGUUGAACUAAACUUUACACAUUUAUGAGAAGCUCAGAGAAAUAGAAAAGGCUAAAUUCGCACAUAAACGGGUCAGACACCCAGAAACAUCGGCUGCACUUCAGCACCACAAAACAGUGGAAUGAAACAUGCAGAAACUAUUGCAGAGAUAAAAGCACUGUCCACCCACAACGAGAGGACGUGACAGAUCCGGAUCUCACUGACUUGUCUGAACGGGUGAAAGGUGAAGCUACAUGUACACGUAGAGCAGUGACCCGCAGAUGCUGCAGAUCUGCAGAAAAACAUGAACGGGGAAUGGGAUCAGGUGACGGGUGGAGGGUCUCCCUCCUGAACCGCUGACUCUGCUCCUCUCCCCUCACAUGCUGCCCGACCCAUCCACCGCAUUCCCCAUAUUUAUCCCAGAU